AUGGGAGAGUCCGGACAGGUCAUGAAAGUAAAGCGAGUGAGGCGGCCAUAUGCGCUGGUCUCGGUUUUUCCGGGGCGGAAAUCAGCGUCAGACAACAUACUGCGGAAUACGAAGCGGAGGUUUCAUGAGAAGGCUUCUGCUUUUAGGAUUGAUGAAUGGAAAAAGUUGCAGAGACCCAGGGGGGAAGAGAAGGAGAAAGUUCUGCCCACGAAUAUUGUUGAUGGGGGGCUUAUCUCAAGAGGGAAUGGAAUGGGUGAGGUUUAUGAGCUCGGCCUGCGCAUAAGUUCAAAUGAGAAAUGGACAUCUGGAGGUCCCGACUGGGGCGUCCGUGCGGAUAGGGUUCCGGUAUUUGAAACGGUGCCAAGCGAGACUAGUUUCAAGGUCUCCCUAUCAGGGAGGCUUGCGGUCAUUUGGGGACCACGGAGCGGCCGCGUGUUCCAAGAAAGUGCAUCAUACGUAGUUGAUGUUCAGCAUCUAGUUGUCGUGCGCCCACAUAAAGCGGGUGCUGAAAAACCUGAGGCUCGACAUUCCUCAGGGCUGAAACUGGCGGGGGUUAAAAUGGGCACCUUCUUCAAAAGAAGAGGUGGAAGUGGCACUGUGCUGUACUGUGGUGUAGCUUGUUGUUUGGCAGUGCUUCUGGUGCUUGCUUCUUCUGCUUCUUCUCCUGCUGCUGCUGCUGCUGUUGCUGCUGUUGAUGAUGAUGGCGAUGUGAGGCUUGUGUUUUUUUUCGUUGGCUUCUUUGGUGCAAGAUGUUGGGUGAACGUCGCUGAGCCUAAACAGCAGCGGAUGACUAAGCUGCCGCUACCCAAACCCAACUUGUUGACAGGAACAACUGCGCAGCUUCAUCCCUUCAUCCAAUCUUGUCCCGUCCAGUGCGUUCAACCAGUCCCACGGCGCCACGACUGA